UUGGCCGCAUCCAACGAGAAGGAUGUGAAACAAUCCGAACUGAAGGAGAAGCAGCGGAUAUUAGGAGAAAACAAGCAACUUGAUCAGCUCUAUACACAUCUUGUGGCAUCGAAGUUGAUAAGCGCCCAAGAAUUCUGGACCGAUUACUACCAGUCGUCCGGUACUGUGGAAGACAAAGCGGGUAUCAGUGGUGCUUUUUUGACAAACAUCGUACAGCAAGAGGGCACAAAUGGUAUCAAAUUGAAUCUGAACACCGAAAUCAUUCAAGCAUCCGGCACCGUGGAAGAUAAAGCUGGUAUCAGUGGUGCUUUUCUCACGAAUAUCGUGCAACAAGAGGGCACUAAUGGUAUCAAGUUGAAUUUGAACACCGAGAUCAUCCAAGCUGUUUUCAACACUUACCCAGCAGUAGAGAAGAAACAUUUGGAGCUUGUACCACAUGAAAUGACCGAAGCGCAGUUCUGGACAAAGUUCUUUCAAUCACAUUACUUUCACCGGGAACGUGAGGUUCUUCCCAACCCCAAUGAUCCUUUUGCGGAUUGCGUAAAAAUGGACGAUGCUGAAAUGGAAAAGAUUCAAGGCGAUGGGAUCAAUCGCAAACGAUUUGAUCUUGAUCAUUUGAAUGACAAUAGUAUGAAGGAUCUUGCGAGACUGGAUAACCAGAAAGCUCCACAAAAGAGCACUUUAGUGCGGCGUUGCAACUACUUGUCCGAGAAAAUCUUGGCAGUCCUCAAACCUCCUGCUCCCGCGGGCGAGAGUAGCAAAGGCGCACCGAAACAGUCUGGCUUUGGUGUUUUGAAUGUGAGCUUUCUUUUACCACAGUGGUGUUCUUUUUGUUUCUUAUGUCUAUGGCUUUUUUGUUUGUAGCG